GUCCAACAGCACCCCUGGUGGUUGAAUUGUGGAAGUGGUGCCACAAUAACUAAAAUCCACUGGUGGUGGGACUGCUAAUGAAAGUGGAGCAUCAGUACUGUCAAUCCAACAGAACCCUCUGAUGGUGGGAUGAGGGAAGCAUGGUUGGCUUUGUAUCUUGCAAAUACCAGUUGACCCCCGACCAUGGACAGCCAGGAGAUAGGAGUCUGGCUGGAGGAGUGCCUUUUAGCGGCCGCGCUGUCAGGAGGACAGCCGUACCAUGCCAGCGAGGAGGCGAGGCAGAAUCACCGCAGUACCAGAAGUGCCCUGUGCGCGGAGCUGUCCCUGCUCGUCCAGGAGGCUGUGGAGAUGAAGUGGCCUUUUGUGCCGGAGAAGUGGCAGUACAAGGAGGCCGUGAGCUCCCAGGACAAGACCAACCUCACCGACCUCAUCAGCCGAAAUCUACCCCAAUUAAUGGCUCUGUUGAAGGCGGCCAUCUUGGCCUGGGAGACGUGCGAGGCGCUGGCGGUGGUCUUCCUGGUGGACCGCUUCCUGUACUGGAGCGACGAGUCCCCGCGCCUGCUGAGCCUCACCAAGCGGCUCCACCGCCGGCAGCCCGGGGCGCCCGUGGCACCCCAGCUGGUCCUCAGACAGGCCAGGGUCUACCUCAACUCUGGUAAACUCCACAAGGCAGAGUUCAUCUUGAGCAUGCUGAUCAUUAACAAUGGUGCAACAGGGAAUUGGACGUACCAGUCGGAGAGCGACAAGCUCCUCGUGCAGGCGGUCAGCGUGCAAGUACGAGGCCUGGUCCUGCAGAAGCUAGGCCUAUGGCUGGAAGCCGCCGAGCUCAUCUGGGCCUCUCUGAUCGGCUACUUCGCUCUUCCUCAACCUGAUAAAAAGGGCAUCGGCACGUCUCUGGGACUGUUGGCCAACAUACUGGUGUCCAUGAACGACGAGGACUUUGAGGCCCUCAAGAACAACCCGGACGUCGACCUGUCCCUGCUUGGAGCCGGCGUCCACCGGCUCCUGGCGGCGGCCGAGGCGGCCCGUCUGGCCGUGGUGUACAGCCAGUACGCCUCCCUCUACGUGCUGACCAACGUGGUGGCUCAGGGGCUGUGCCUGCAGUCCUACAGCUUCUCCCUGGCCUGCCCCGCCGCGGGCCGACGCCACUACCUCCUGCAGGCCAAGCAGGCCUUUGAGAUCGGCCUGCUCACCAAGACGGAGCUGCAGCCCGUGUCAAGCCAGCAGGAGCUGCACACCUUCAUCAAGGCGGCCUACUCCCUGGCCGUGGUCCACCGGUGGCUGCGGUUGGCCUCGGAGACGGAGCUAGGCCGGGCGACCCGGGACUGUCAGGAAGCCCUGGCCCUCUUCUACGACUACUGCCGUCCCGGCGACAAGGAGGUAGACGGGCUCGCCGCCCAGGAGAGAGACGGGCUCGCCGCCCAGGAGAGAGACGGUCUCGCCGCCGAGGUCAUGCGGCGCGUCGGUCAGGUCAAGCGCACGCUACGCGUGGAGCCGUGGCCGAACUCGGACCCGGGCUCCUUCAUCCCCGAUUUCUACCGGAAGGGCGCGGAGGAGAGGCCGGUGAGGUUCACGCCGGCGGGGUUCUUCCGCCUGAUGGAGCGCUUCCAGGGGUACCACAAGGCCAUCUGUGAGUCCCCGGGUACCCGCGGUGUGGAGGGUACCCCCGGCGGCGGAGGUGGAGCCGGGCUGUCCGUCACCGCCAUGGGGACCACGGUGGAGUCCGGAGAGCGUGAGGAAGCGGGAGCGGACACGCCGGGGGGACGCCCGGAGGCGCCGGGCAGACGCCCGGAGCCACCGAGGAACGGGGCCCUAGCUCCCACCGAAGGUAAUGAAGGUUUGACGGAAAGCGAGUCGGAUGGCGAGGAUGGCCUGGGCUCUUCAUGGCAGAACGUGAGCAGCGUCGGGUCUCGUCCCGGGAGCGGCGGCCGCGGCGGCUCCGCAGGAAGCGGUGCCGGGGACCACGAGUGGGUGGAGGCGGCCAUAGAUACGGAGAUGAGCGAGGACGAGGGUCCGGUCGGACCUCUGGCCCCCGGAGGCGACGAUCAAGUCAAAGCCAACGUGGGUGGUUGUAGGCCUGGUCCUGGUUUACCCAGGAUGCACCACACCUCCUCCUCCUCCGUCUCUGGCGGCGAGGCGUUCGAGUUGUUGGAGGCGGCCAUAGAUACGGAGACGGGCGAGGACGAGGGUCCGGUCGGACCCCUGGCCAUCGGAGGGGCGACGCGACCCAUGUCGCGGCUCAGUCUGGGCUCGCCCCUCGGCUCUCUGGGUCGGAGCUACGGUUCCCAGUCGUCGUGGGAGAGGAUCUCCCCGGUCCCGCCCCCGUCCGGGAGCGGAUCGCGGGGCCCGUCCUGCGGCCCUCCGGUCCAACCGGGCGCCAAGCGGCCGUCGGCGGAGCAGCUGACUCCGACCGAGGAACCGCCGCCGAACGAGGGCACGCCCGCCUCCAGCUCCUCCUUCGAGGAGCUGGAGGCGGGGGAGCCGGAGAGUCCCGCCGACGUCCCCGGCCCGGAGGCGACGAGGCGCGCGUCCGAGAGGAACGCCGCUUGCUGGAGCUGCCGGGAGCCCGGUGCUCUGGCCACCCCCCAGCCUGGGAAACAGUACGUGCUCACGGAGCAGGACUACCGCGCCCUGCUGGCCGGGGUCUGUCAUGACUGUCUGCUGCGGAGGCUGCAGAGCGAGGGGACCAAGUUCAAACUGAAGGACCACUUCAAGGCUUACAGCGGCCUCCAGCUGAAGUUCUCCAGGGCGACAGGCCUGUGGACGUCCAGGGAGACGUGUGUGUACAUCGGGAAGCCGAGCGGGAAGGAGGGCGAGCAGAGAGCCGCCCUGUGGGUUCAGUUCCUCCACCAGGAAGAACGCCUCAGCAGCUACAUGGGGAAGGACUACCGGGUGCCCAAGGAGAUGCAGUUCCACCUGAAGGACGUGGAGAGACAGAUGACGUCGCAGUACUACAUCACCCAGUUCAACAAGAAACUCUACGAGCAGAAGAUCACAGCGCAGAUCUUCUUCUUGCCCUCCGACGCUCUUCUGAUCCUGGAGGAGGGGGAAAUCAUCGGUUGCUUGACGGUAGAGCCCUACAUGCUGGGGGAGUUUGUGAAGCUCACCAACAACACGUGGAAGAAGGACAGCCGCUACAAGGCUACGGAGUACGGCAUCGCUUUCGGACACUUCACCUACCUGUUCUCCGAGCGGCAAGAGGUGGUGGUCGACCUCCAAGGGAUGGUGUCGGCCAACGGCAAGGGGCUGACCUACCUGACGGACCCCCAGAUCCACUCCACCAGAAGCCCCAGGGGCCCCUCCAACUUCGGGGAACGGGGCCUCCGCCACUUCCUGGACGACCAACACGGACCGGAGUGCAACAGCGUGUGCAGGGACCUCCAGCUCCCCCCCAUGGGGGGACCUCCGCCUGCAUGGUUCUGAUCGGUGGAUCCUUCGUCCUGAUGGGAGUGGUGCUCCCGUGUGUUCAUAUGAUUUGAUUGACGUGUCAAGACAGCAUGUUUUGUGAUCAAAUCUAAUGGUUGAUACAUUUCGGGAAUUUCCCCAGCCCUCAGAGGCAUUUGGAGUUUCCCUGCGUAGACGUGGAAGUAGAACACUGUUGUUUGACCCAAAUCUUACCAUCCAUUGUGUUUCCAUUGUGUUGUAUCCCCCGCAAAGACAAUGUUGUCAAAUAAGUCACAGCUCAUCCUGUAGUAGACUGAUAUAACUUGAUUAAAUCUCUUAAAUCAUUAGACCACACAAUAUUAAAGCUAACAUCAAUACUUCAUUGGAACUGACACAGUAUUAGAGCUAACACAGUACUUACUGUUUUUUGCUCACACAUUGAGUUGCCAAAACAACACCCUAUAAGGUUGAACUCAGCUCUACUGUUAAACGGCCUCCUUUAAGUGUCUGAGAUCAACCAGACCCUGUAGGCGUACAGACUUCUUUAUCAUCAAUAUACUACUGUAGAUGUUCCUUUGACCAGAUGCUUCAUGAACCACCUCCAGGUCUGUUUACCUAGUAUCUGAAUAAAAAGAUUUUUGUUGAAGCUUUA